AUGAGUCGUCAAUAUCGAGGUUCCGAUCAUACCUGGACAUCUCUCUUAACCAAUGACCCUGCAUAUCCCAUACCAGCUGAAUGGGUUCUCGAGUUAUCUCGCUCAUUUGUAGGGGAUUUGUCAACUAAUGUACCAUGCACUGGGGUCUUCAUCUCUUCCAUCUCCUGUCCUUGGGAGGCACAAUUACCCAUGCUUGAAGCAUUCUCAAUCCCAAUCUGGGUCUGCUAUGAUGGGAAUGCUGCUCUCAACAUGAAGUUGUGUCAUUAUAUCCCAUCCCCAAAAGCCAUUGCUGAUGCGAUCAAGGCACAGAAGUUGGACCAGAUGCAUGGGACGUGGGGUCAGCCAUAUGGGACAUGGGGUCAACCAGACAAUGGAAGUGAGAGCAUCAUUGACUGGGAUCAGGCUUGGAGUCAGGGCACCCUCAGAUGGGAUCUGGAUGGUGGAGAACACAGGCCCGUAUCAGCAGGUCCUCAGUAA